UGGUAGCCGCUGCAGUAGGAGGAAGGACCGCGGUUCUACCCCUUCUAUCUUUCAGUUUCGUCUCGAAAUUUUAUCGGUGGUUCUUUCUGGCAACGAUUGGUACAUUGCGUGUACAGUGACGGAGCUCUGCGAACAAACAAGUUAUAGCAUUAACAACGGACAGUGAUACGAAUCGCCAUUUUAAUCGCACGUUUCCCCUGACAGAAGCGCUAGCACAACAAUGGCUCUGAAAAGAAUUCACAAGGAGUUGAACGACUUGGCACGGGACCCGCCGGCCCAGUGUUCUGCAGGCCCAGUAGGAGACGACAUGUUUCACUGGCAAGCCACAAUAAUGGGACCCAAUGACAGUCCUUACCAGAGUGGGGUUUUCUUCUUGACCAUUCACUUCCCCACAGACUACCCCUUCAAACCGCCAAAGGUUGCAUUUACCACGAGAAUCUACCACCCUAAUAUCAACAGCAACGGCAGCAUUUGUCUUGACAUCCUGCGAUCACAGUGGUCUCCGGCUCUCACCAUCUCCAAAGUCCUCCUGUCCAUCUGCUCUCUGCUGUGUGACCCGAACCCGGACGACCCCUUAGUACCCGAGAUCGCCCGCAUCUACAAGACGGACAGGGAAAAGUACAACAGAAUAGCUCGGGAAUGGACACAAAAGUAUGCAAUGUAGUGUUGGGUUAGAAUCAUGGCCAACCACCUCUACGACCUACGGUUAGGGGAGCUUCAGACGUAAAGAGAAAACAAACAAAACCAUUUCAAACGAAUGAAAAGUUUAAAACAAGAUCUUGUUGGUUUCCGUUGGAGUGCUUUCUUUGAGCCACGCCUCCCCCUUCACCAGAGUACCUGUAAAACGUCCUCUGCCUCUCUCUCUCUCUCCUCUCUCUCCUCUCCCUCUGUUUGACUGUCUUCCCUCCAGCCUCUCGCCUCACUUGCCCUCCUCCCUCCAGUGUACAUAUUGUCUGCUUGCAACGGUAACACCCAUCUCCCCCUGCUCCUUUUUCACCUCCUCCCUCCCUUGUGACCUCUGGCCUCAUCUCCACACAGGUUGGGCUGUUCCCCCCCCACCCCCACUCCUUCUUCCACUCACCUGUAUCCACACCCUGCCCCCCCCUCCCCCUCCCCAGACGUUAAUCUUCAGAAGCAUUCAUUUUAAGCAUCUAUAAAACUUGGAGGGGACCUUUUUUCCCUAAUUAUUUAGGGGAGUCGGGGACAGUGGGAUUUCUACACUCUGCAUCCUUUCUUGUUUUGUCGCCUUUUUCUCAUUCCCAUCUGUGGAGGCGACGAUUCAAGAAAGCGAGUUUGUUUUGGCACGAGUCAAAAGGGCACUCUGUAUUUUAUAUAAAGAAUACUUCAAAUAAACCAUUGCAGGCUGGAGAAAAUGGGGGGGGGGGGUGUGCACAUGGCUUGUUUUGGUGUUGGAUUCUAUGAAAGGACUUGGAUUUAUCGCCACACCUCCUAACUCCCACCCUGCCCCCUCCAAAGUUGACCCCUCUGUACACACACACACAUAGACACACAUGCACGCACAAUUGUAACCCCCAUGUCACCCCCCCGACCACCACCGCCAACUUGUCUUCACUCACACAGUGGAGGUUCUGGACCAGGUAUUUAAGCAAUUUAUUUUUCUUAGUUUAACCUGUGUUUUUUAUCUCCCCCGCCCCCCCGUAACUCUUUUAGGUUGCUUUUUUUUCUUCUCCUUUUCUUAUUUGGUUUCUCUUUUUGUUUUUGCUAUUGUUAAAUUAGAGGCUAACAUCUUAAAUGGCUAUGGGACUGGCUUGGGCUCUGGGUGCGAGGAGAACCCACUCUUCUUGCACAAAACCUCUGUAUAUUGAAUUACCUGAGAGGCUCGUUGAGCUUUGUGUGUUGAUUAAACUGUGUAAUAAAAACCCAUUAUUCCUG